AUGGCGAGAACUUUUGUUCUCUUUCUGAUGGUAACGCUCUUAAUUUGGUGUGAAGUUGAAGCAUCAGGCCAAGUUCACGUGUCCUACCUGGGAUGUUAUCAAGAACCCCCCUACGACUCGUUAUUCUAUAAAGCGUAUCUAGAUUAUAGGCACCGUAUCGAUUGGACAAAGCUACCUGACUUGAGUCACGUGACUCAGGCCUGUGCUCAAGAGGCCAUCAAGAGAAAUUAUUUGUACUUUGGCAUCAAGAACUAUGGAGUAUGUUCCUGGGGCCCAGAUGGUCUCACAAUUACGACCAAAGGGACAAAAGGGUCUGGAUGCUUCCUGACUAUCGGAGUUGAUGGUGGGUGGUCGAACUGGGGAGCCUGGAGCGCCUGCAGCCUAACAUGUGGUAACGGCAGGCAAACACGCAUACGGACCUGUACUAAUCCCUCACCGGCUGCUGGCGGUGCCGACUGCGUUGGAGAUAACUCUCUUGAGGUUCAUUCAUGCAAUACCAACAGUUGCCCAGUAAACGGCGGAUGGUCAACUUGGGGAGUUUGGAGCACUUGUACUCGAACGUGUGAUGGUGGAGUUCGAUCACGCAUGCGCACAUGCAGCAAUCCUCUACCACAAAGCGGCGGAGCUGCUUGUCAAGGACCUGGAUCUCAAUCUCAGCUCUGCUAUAAAAAUGGUUGUCCAGUCAAUGGUGGUUGGUCAAACUGGGGAGCUUGGGGCAGCUGUACACAAACAUGCGGUGGUGGAACACAAACACGCAGUCGCACUUGUACCAGUCCUACUCCAACCAAUGGUGGUCUCAACUGUUCAGGAAGUAGCUCGGAGUCCCAAGCAUGCAACAACAACACGUGUCCAUGUAUGUCUAACAAUUCGUUAGUGUCAGUCGCAGUAUGA